AUGUUGGUAUCAUUUCAUCGUUUAACAUUGUCCACUACAAACAGUAGCCAACAACUAAAUCCACCAUGUCGUUCAAAGUAUUUGAUUAAACUCAACUUUGUUGAAUAUAUUUAUAUAAAUGCUAUUUUAUUGCAGACCAUCAUUGUGCUAUCUGCUUUGGCCGGGCUUAUCGCUGCUCAAAACUACUACCAACCUUACCACGCAGAGGAAGAGCAUGGACCAGCGCACUACGAGUUCAACUAUGACAUCCAUGAUGACCAUACCGGAGACGUUCAUGGCCGCAAGGAAGCUCGCAAAGAUGAUCACACCCAGGGAGAGUAUUACCUGAUCGAUGCUGACGGUCACAAGCGUACCGUAACCUACCAGGUUGAUGGCAAGAGCGGAUUUAUCGCCCAAGUGCAUCGGGAGCCAAUCAAGGGAUAUCAGGCACCACAGCCAGCAAUUCAUAAGGUUCUUGCUGUUCCUAUUCAGAAGCAAUACUAUCAUCAUUAA